CUCCUUAGCAAACCAAGAUGGCGGCCGUCGUAGAGCGAGUUGAUGGAUGUGUUGGGUCCUUGGACCCAGACGCGGUGUCGCCGAGACAGUCCACCCCUCCACCGGACCAGCCGCACCAGAACAACCCGCUCUUAGGACUGCCAAUCGUGGCCAUUGAGACUAUACUCAAUUUUCUGUCUUACGAUGAAAUCAGCCUGCUGCGCUCGGUCUGCAAGCGCAUGGACAUGAUUUGCCAACGUGUGCUGAACCAGGGCUUCCUGAAGGUGGAGCGCUACCACAGUCUGUGCCAGAGGCAGGUCAAAGCCCAGUUGCCCAGGCGAGAAUCAGAGAGGAGAAACCAUUCACUGGCACGUCAUGCUGACAUUCUGGCCGCUGUGGAGACACGCCUUUCUCUGCUCAACAUGACCUUCAUGAAAUACGUCGACUCUAACCUCUGCUGCUUCAUCCCUGGAAAGGUUAUAGAUGAGAUCUACCGUGUGCUACGUUAUGUCAACUCAACUCGCGCUCCACAGCGGGCUCAUGAGGUCCUGCAGGAGCUCAGGGACAUCUCAUCCAUGGCCAUGGAGUACUUUGAUGAGAAGAUCGUCCCUAUCCUGAAGAAGAAGCUGCCGGGGGCUGACCUGUCGGGUCGACUCAUUGGCUCUGCACCAGUGGCGGGUCCAUCUACCUCCCUGACCACCAUGUCCCUGCUGGCCAAAAACACCCCAUCCCGCUCGGAGAUGACAAAGGUGCAGCAGCAAGUGAAGGUAAAUGGAGCGUCCAUGACAGUGCUGCGGCGGGAGAUGCAAGAAAUCCGUGUGAAGCAGCUGGAACAGCAGAAGCAGCUGCAAGACCAGGAGCAGAAGCUGCUGGAACAGACACAGGUCAUCGGCGAGCAGAACGCCCGCCUUGCUGAGCUGGAACACAAGCUCCGGGAACUGAUGGAGAGUAGCGCUGCUGCCAUGGGGGGGCCGCGACCCAGCCCGGCUGUCCCCUCGACAUCCAACAGUACCGCCACGUCUUCCACUGUCAGCAGCAUGUCUUCUGCUUCUGCCAUACUGACGGGCGGGAGCUCCACUGAAACGUCUCUGCCCACAGAGCCAGAUGGGGAGGGAGGGUCCACACUCAAACGCACAAGAAAGAGCUCAGACCACCCACGACAGUCAAAACGGCUGCGCUGCAAAAAAUAAGAGACUCAGUGUCAUUUAGUUUUUGGUUUCAAGGUCUGACUGAUCACACCUUAUGAGCACCUGCCCUCCUCCCUCCACCCCCCACCAACACUCGUGACAUGAACUGUCUAUGAGCCGAGUCAGGAGUAUCCUAACCAUGUGUGCUUCUCCAGUGUUUAAGGUCCCACAUGUUGUGUGUCAUGGGCAUGUGACCACUUCCUGUGGGCGCUGGGUUUGCAUUGCUCACAAUGUCAACGUGACAUUAUCUGUCACAUCACCAGGACUUUGCACAUCACUGACAGGGUCAGCAUUCCAUUUGUCACAAUUAAAGAAAGAAGCUGCUGUAGUUAUCCACAAAAAGCAUAAAAUGACCAACAGUGUCAACUGCCACUUUAGAGAUCUGUGGCUCCAGGUCAGUUUACUCCCCCUGAAGUUAAUCUUAUAAAUACAUUUCAUAAUAUUUUGUUUUAUUAUCUCAACAAUCAUUUAUUAUCUCAGUAAUUUCACCUGUCCUCUGUAUGGUGCUGGCUCAAUUUGACUCAACUUGAACUUGUUUUGUGUAUCUGGUACUCUACUUU